AUGGCUAGUAAUGCAAACCUUUUAAACGUUAAAGGAGAAAGUGACUACAAGAACUUGAACAGCUAUUUUGAAAGUCACUCAUAUUUUAAUAACUAUACACUUGGUGUGAAUGAUUUAAAAAUAUAUCAUCAAAUAAAUAGUGUAAUUAAAAAAGAUACGUAUCCUCAUUUAUAUAGAUGGUUUCAUCAUAUAUCGUCUUUGCCAGAAUAUGUGUUGAAUAAAUACGAUGAAGAACAUAAGAAUAAAAAAAGUAGUACUACGAAUGGUGCUACAAGUUUAAAUAAGAAAAGUAAUAAAACAACAGGAAAUGAUGAUGAUGUUGAUAAUGAUAUAGAUCUUUUUGGUGAUGAUGAUAAUACAAACGAUUCUGCAGCUAAUGUUUUAUUAGAAAAGAAAAAACAAAAAGAAGAAGAAUUAAAAAAAAAGAAACAAAAAGAAAAAGAAAAAAAUAGAUCUAUUCUUAUUAUUGAAAUAAAACCUAAAUCUAUUGAUACAGAUAUUUCUAAAAUUCCAAAGCUUGUUAAACAAAAAAUUGUUGAUGAAAAUAUUAAAUGGGGAGAGGAAGUCAAAAAAUUACCAGUCGCUUUUGGUCUUUAUAAAUUACAUAUGUCAUGUAUUAUUUAUGAUGAUUUUGUCAAUACAAAUGAACUUGUUGAAAAAAUUGAAAAUAUUGAUCUAGAUAAUGAACAAGAUAAAAAGAAAAGAACUCUUAUACUUGGAUUAGAUGAAGACGAUGAAAACUAUGAUGAAAACGCUGAAGAGGUUGAAGAUGAUUUAGAUUUCUUGGUGCAAUCUGCUGAAAUUAUAUCAUUCAAUAAAUUAUAA